ACUUUCAGAUGUGUCCGUUUAUUUACCUUUUGGGUUCUUUAAUUUAAAGUUUAAUAAAUGACUCAUUUAAAUUGAGAUUCCAAAGAUGUCAACGAUGGAAUCUGAGGCUUCUAAAACCGCAAAAACAGUUCAGGCCUCCGUCCAGGCUCUAACCGAGUCGCUGAGUAAAAACGAAACUAUUAAUAAAAGUGAGAAUUUGAUUGUGGUACUUGAUAUAGGCACGGCUUUUACCAAAUUUGGUUUUGAAAGUGAAUUCUCGCCCAGAUACAUCAUCAGGUCCGAAGUUCUAUGCAAAAAAACCAACACCGUUAGAAAACUAUGCGAUUACCAGUCUCCCGAGGACCUUUACGAUUUCAUGGUCAAUUUCAUCCAUAUGAUUUAUUUCAAAUAUGCCUUGAUCAGCCCCAAAGGCCGACGGAUUAUCGUUGUGGAAUCCUUACUCUGCCCCACAUUGUUCAGGGAAACUUUAGCCAAGGUGCUAUUUUUACAAUAUGAAGUAUCCCAGAUCCUGGUACUUCCGUCACAUUUAGUAUCCUUAGCCAGUUUGGCAGUGGAUACGGCUUUAGUCGUAGAUAUUGGCUAUAAAGAGGCUGUAGUGAUCCCAGUUUGUUUCGGAUUGCCUAUGGUGCAUGCCUGGCAAGCCCUACCGCUAGGAGGAGAGGCUGUACAUAAGAAUAUUAGGGCUCUUCUAAGUAGUGCCAACGCAGGUGUGCAAAACCUUCCAGAAAGGAUUAUCGAGGACAUAAAGGUCAGAUGCUGUUUUGUAACCAAAAAGUCGAGGGGGGAGCAGCUUUUAUUAGGAAAAUCCGAACUGGUGCCUCCACCUGAUGUUAAAUAUCCUUACGCCGGAUCGGAUAUAUUAACGGUUACUGGGAAGUUACGGGAGAAGGCCUUUGAGAUUUUAUAUGAGGAGGAUAACGACCACCUAUGCCUAUCAACAAUGAUACUAGACGCCUUAUUAAAAGUCGAUAGAGAGUUAAGGCAAACUCUAGCGGAAAAUUUAUUGUUAAUCGGUGGGACUGCCAUGACUUUGGGUUUUAAAGCCAGAUUAAAAGAGGAGCUAUUAAAACAGCUAGAAAACGACAGAUAUAAAACCUUGAAACAUAUCAAGGAGUUCAAGUUCUUUUCUUCACCGUGCAAGGAAAACUAUACUGCCUGGCUUGGAGGUUCAAUUUAUGGCGCAACCGAAUUACUGGGAAUGAAAGUGGUCACAAAAGAGUUUUACCUUAGGGAGCAACAUUUGCCCGAUUGGGUGAACUUGAGGGAUAUUGGCCCCAUGGGAUCUCUGGAAAAUAGCAGUGGUACCAGGGUGCCAUAGAUUUAAUGCACUUUUUGUACUAAAAGGAAUUAUUUAUUUAAUAUUAAGGAAACUAAUAAAAUUAACAUUGCUUUUUCAAA